GCAAAAAAUCUCAAGUGUAUUACGCAACAAUGGGAGUGUUCAUUGCGUUGGCCUUGUUUCUGCUUGCGUUAUAUCUAGCCUAUCGAUGGAGCAUCGCCAGCUACGAAUACUUCAAACUACGUGGCGUCCCCUUCGUGAAGCCUUUGCCCCUAGUCGGAGGAAUGUUCCCGGUCCUAUCCGGUACCGUGUUCAUCGUUGAUUGCAUCUCCGAAGGGUACCGGCAGUUUCGGGCGAGUCGAUUCUCCGGACUGUUUAUGUUUCGCCAGCCGGCCUACUUGAUCCACGAUCCGGAGCUGAUCAAGAAGAUUGCGAUCGUGGAUUUUGAACACUUUGUGGACCAUUCGUUUAAAUUUUCAACCAAAAUGGAUCCCUUUUUGGGACGAUCGCUGUUUUUUAUGGAUGGACUACGGUGGAGACAGGGCAGAUCAGGGUUGAGUCCGGCGUUCACCGGAAGCAAGAUGAGGAGUAUGUUUGGACUGUUGACGAGUUACUGCGAAGGUGCGAUGGAAAGACUGGCCAACAGUGGAGGUGUGCGUGAGAUGGAGUUGAACGAUCUUUUUAAAAGAGUUGGCAACGAUGUGAUGACCUCAAUUUCGUUUGGUAUCGACGUUGAUUCUGUCAAAGAUCCUCAAAAUGAUUUCUUCCAAAACGGCAAAAGCUUCACAAACACUGAAGGAAUCCAGGGAUUCAAGUUCUUCCUAGCAACGAUGAUUCCGGAAUACAUUUUCACGUUUCUUAGGAUUCGAUUGACUCCCGCUCCUGUGGCUCAAUUUUAUGAAACUGUUGUAACCUGUUCAAUCAAGUCUCGUGAGGAGAAGAAUGUCAUUCGUCCGGAUUUCAUCCAUCUUUUGAUGCAGGCUCGCAAGAAUAUCCUUCAAGAGGAUCAAUCCGAUAGGAACCUCGAAAGUGCAGGAUUCUCAACUGUUCCGGAGCACUUGCAGUCCUCAACAUCGGAUCUUGUCGAGUGGUCAGAUCUGGACAUAACCGCAGCGGUAGCUUCAUUCUUCUUCGGAGGAAUCGAAAGCACGACUACAAUGCUCUGCUUCACCGUCUACGAAGUAUCGCUACUUCCUGAAAUUCAAGCCAAACUUCACGCGGAGAUUGAUUCCGUUCAAAAUAAUCUAGAAGAUCACAAACUAACCUACGAAUCAAUUCAGAAAAUGAAAUACCUGGACAUGGUGGUCUCGGAAACCCUUCGACUGUGGCCGCCAAUCGGGUUGACCAACCGGAAGUGCACCAAAGACUACAUCAUGAAAAACAACGAUGGAACACAGGCCACGCUCACCAAAGGUGACAUCGUUCAAAUCCCAAUCCAAUCAAUCCACCGAGAUUCUCGCUUCUUCCCGGAACCGAUGCGUUUCGAUCCGGAGCGGUUUUCCAACGAGAAUCGUAACCUGCUCAACCAGGACGCCUACAUGCCCUUUGGGCUGGGACCGCGGAACUGUGUGGGGUCGCGGCUGGCACUGAUGCAGGCCAAGUGUAUUUUGUACUAUUUGUUUUUGAACUUUGAGGUGCAGAUAUCGAGCCGGACCGAUGUGCCGAUGCAGCUGGAUAAGCGUUCGAUGGGAGUGAACGCGAAGAAUGGGUUCUGGUUUCAUUUGGUGCCUCGUAGGGAGGGCGUUUAAAAAUGGUAAACUUUGAUAUUUUGUUAAUUUUCAUGAAUCAAAUAAAUGUAUGUUUGAAUAAAAGAAUAUAUUUGUUUUACUACAA